AUGUCAAAUAUUGCGCAAGACAAGAAAGAAUUUCGCUCGAUUGUGUUGGGUUUGAAAAAACUGAAUCCCUCAUGGCAAGCUCCUGAUAUUUCAACAUUUCUUCAAGAAUCUGAAAAACCGCCAUUAUUGAAAAGACAUGCACUUAUCAAAAGAAUUAGUAGAACAUUAAAGAGAGGAGAAGAAAUACCAUCAUCUUUAAUAAAUGCACCAACAGAGAAAUUUCAGAAAGGAAUCAUUUUUUGGGGAGCGAUUUCAUCACAAGGACUUAUUCCGGCGACGGCUCCAAUCAAUUUAACUGAAUGGUUGCGUCAACAACCAUCAAAUGGUAAAGGUCCACGAAUGUAUUUAACAGGUGAAUUAUACGGAAAAUUUGUGGCAGAAAAGGUGGCACCUGCAAUUCAAAGAGCUUUUGAAAAUACACAUUUACAGCCAAUUUUUCAAGAUGAUCAGGAUAGUAAACAACGAACAUCAUUUGCGAUGACUACUAUAGAAUCUUUUUUCGAUGAACGUAUUAGUCCUGAAGAUGGUGAUGCGAAAUUUGCCGAUGUUUGGCCGAUUGAGCGUGUAUGGGGCGCGAUAAAGGAGAAAAUACGGGGAAAACAGUUUAAAAAUGAAGCUCAACGGAAGAAGGAGAUUGUUAAACAAUGA